AUGUGGCAUACAUUUACAAGCAGUGUUCUUCUACUGCUGGUUCCUCUUAUCGCAAAAGUAGCAUUUUGUGAAGAAGGCCCUCCCGUUGUAACGACAAGACAGGGUAGGGUCACGGGCACUACCCUUCGAUUCAGUCCCGUCGACUACUACCCUGAGUUCCAGCGGACCGUGGACGCCUACCUCGGCAUACCGUACGGCGAGCCGCCCGUCGGUCCGCUGCGCUUCAAACCUCCCGUAGCUAAGUCAUGGAGUGGAGAGCUUAUGGCCACGGAGCUGGGCAAUGCAUGUUCGCAGCCACGGUUCCCGCUUGGCAUCGCCACAGUGACGGGAAACAUCUCUGAAGAUUGCCUCGUCCUAGAUGUGUUUGUUCCUCGUGAAGUCCCACCCCAAGCAGCUGUUUUAGUGUACAUCCACGGUGGUGCCUUUAUGUAUGGGGCUGGAUCCGUAGAUACAUUGUUCCCAACGCCCAUCGCUGUGGUUGGUGACGUCAUUGUAGUUACUCUAAACUAUCGGCUCGGAGCGCUUGGAUUCAUGUCAACUGGAGACGACGUCAUUCAAGGUAACAUGGGACUGCUUGAUCAGCGCCUCGCUUUGGAGUGGGUGAGAGACAAUAUCAAAGCUUUCGGUGGCGACCCCGAGCGUGUUGCGGUGUUUGGGACCAGUGCUGGAGCAGGUAGCAUCAGUCUUCACAUGCUCUCACCUGAGAGUGCCGGCCUCUUUAGGGGUGCCAUCAUGGAGAGCGGCAACCCCAGUGCCCCGUGGGCAACCGUCUCUAAAGACAAGGCCCGGAGACGAGCCUUUACCCUCGGCGGUCUCGUCGGCUGCGAGCGUGACACGUCGGAGGAGUUACUGGAAUGCCUGCAGAAUACUGCAGAUGUAGAUGCCCUCAUCGAAAACCAACAGGGCGAGGCAAUAGUGGCACUUGAAAACACCAUUCUUGAGCUCUUCGUUCCAGUUGAAGAAAGUUCAUUCCUUCCGGAGAGCCCGUCAGAGCUGUACGCAAAGGGCGCUGUCAACGAUGCCUCCACAAUCAUCGGUGUCAACGCCGACGAGGGAAUGGCGAUGGUACCUCUCUUCUACCCAACAAACUACGAGACUGCGCCGUUCGUAAACAAGACCUCCUAUGAGACGUUCUCUCAGGUCUGUACAUCUUUCAUCAGUGACGAACCGCUUGUCUCUGCCGCAGCAACCCUGCUGUACACGGACGCCGCGUGCGUGGAUAACCCCGAGUGCGACUAUCUUGAGAGUCUGUUCCAAGUUUGCGGUGACAUCCUCCUGUUCGUGUGCUCCGCGGACAAGACGGCGAGAGGCUUCAGCGAGGCAGGGCGUAAUGUGUACCGUUAUCACAUGACUCACGUCCCCACGACCACCCUACUCGGCACGCCGUGGACCGGGGCAACACACGGUGACGAAGUGGCGUUCGUCUUCGGUCUCCCCCUAGUGGAAUCCGAUUUGUGUACAUACACUGAAGAAGAGGCUCGCAUGGCGAUAAAAGUUAUCCGAUACUGGUCCAACUUGGCCAAAACCGGCAACCCGAACCGGUCUUCUCUGGAUGCUGAACUCACAGACGAAGAGAAAAGGACAGAGUGGCCGUUGUUCACCGUUGAGGGACUCGAGUACAAAGACCUGACACCAGAGAUGCUGAAUGGGCGCGGCAUCGCGGCUCAAAAGUGUCGCCUGUGGAACGAGUUCGUUCCAGAACUUCUCAAAACUCUUGGCGAGUGUUGA